CGCGGCUGUUUGUCCAGGCUCUCCGUCAGAGGGCUGCUUGCUGCCCCACUCUGCCCCACUCUGCCCUCCCAGACUCCAUUCAGCAGCUCGGAAGCGCCGCGCGCAGCCUCCGCUGCCGGCAGACUGUUCCUUUAGCGCUCGCGCCUCCAGUACUUUAUCUCCUGCGCGCUUUCAAGCCGCCGCUCCGCGCGCAGAUGGAAGACAUUGGAGCUUUUCAGCGGGAAAAGACUUGCUCUAGUUGUUUCAGCUCCAUGGAGGACCACUGCUGCCCCGGAAACGACAGGAUGGAAGCGUGGCUGGACGACCACUUGGAGUUCACCCACUCAUACUUUGUCAAGAAGGCAUCAAGGGAGAUGGUGAAUGCCUGGUUUGCUGAGCGUGCUCAUACCAUCCAACCAUCUGUCCCGAAAGAAAACUGUUCCCAGCAGGGAACUCACCAAUCCUCCUCAGAUAUUUGCCCCUCUUCUAACUCCACCACCCUCCUGGAGACCUGCUGCCCUCCCCCUGCCACCGUACCUAGCCCAGUUCCUGGUACCCCAACUCGUAAAAUCUCAGCUUCAGAGUUUGACCGCCCACUAAGACCCAUUGUGGUCAAAGACUCUGAGGGGUCCCUCACAUUUCUGAGUGACUCAGAACGGGAACCCGUCCCUCUUUGUGGUUCUGUGAUGGGAGAUGGUGAUGAUCGGAGUGGCAAGGAGGUUGAUCGCUGCACCAGACUGUUGGAACUCGUAAAGGAAGUAUCAAGUUAUCUGGAUGUGACAGCGCUCUGCCAUAAGAUCUUCCUACACAUCAAUGAGCUGAUCACUGCAGACCGAUACUCACUCUUUCUGGUGGGUGAAGACAGCUCCAACAGGAAGUUUUUGGUCAGCCGGCUAUUUGAUGUUGCUGAAGGAUCCACAUUGGAAGAAUCAUCCACCAGCUGCAUCCGACUAGAGUGGAAGAAGGGGAUAGUGGGGCAUGUAGCUUCCACAGGACAGCUGCUCAAUAUCAAGAAUGCAUAUGAGGACCCAAGAUUCAACGCAGAAAUUGACCUGAUCACAGGCUACAAAACCCACAGUAUCCUUUGUCUACCCAUCAAGAACCACAGAGGAGAGGUUGUUGGAGUUGUUCAAGCUAUUAACAAGAAAUGUGGAGAGAAUGGUGCCUUCACUGAACAGGAUGAGAAGGAUUUCUCAGCCUAUCUAGCCUUUUCAGGCAUAGUUCUGCACAAUGCACAGCUGUACGAGACCUCGCAGUUGGAAAACAGACGCAAUCAGGUGCUGUUGGAUCUGGCCAGACUGAUCUUUGAGGAGCAGCAGUGUUUGGAGGUUGUGCUGCGGAAGAUUGCCGGAACCAUCCUGUCCUUCAUGCAGGCUCAGGCCUGCACUGUUUUCAUUGCUGAUGACGACUCACUGAAUUCCUUCUCCAGUGUGUUUCACAUGGAACAUGAGGAGCUGAGGGAAGUCCUAGAUACUCCCAAAAGAGACUGUGAUGUCAGUCAGAUAAACUACAUGUACGCUCAGUAUGUUAGAAACACCAUGCAACCUCUCAACAUCACUGACGUUACCAAGGACCAGCGCUUCCCUUGGACAUGUGAAAGCCCCGAUCACUCCACCAGUCGGAUAAAAAGUUUGCUCUGCACUCCAAUCAGAAAUGGCAAGAAAGACAAAGUCAUAGGUGUGUGCCAGUUGGUGAACAAAACGGAUGAAGCGUCAAGCAAUGUCAAAACCUUCAACAGAAAUGAUGAGCAGUUCCUGGAAGCAUUUGCCAUCUUCUGUGGCCUUGGCAUUCAGAACACACAGAUGUAUGAGACUGUGGAGAGAGCCAGGGCCAAACAGGAGGUCACUCUGGAGGUUUUAUCAUAUCAUGCCUCUGCCACUGAGGAGGAAACCCAGGAACUCCAGGUGACCACAGUUCCUUCGGCACAGUCGCUGCAUCUGCUGGAUUUCAGUUUCAGUGAUUUCGACUUGUCAGACACUGAAACCACUCUGGCCACUAUCCGCAUGUUUAUUGACCUCAAACUGAUCCAGAACUUCCAGAUGAAGUACACCACCUUGUGCCAGUGGGUUCUGAGUGUCAGGAAGAACUACAGGAAGAGCGUGGCCUAUCACAACUGGAGACAUGCACUGAACACGGCACAGUGCAUGUUUGCUCUGCUCAAGUCAGGACGCUUACAGAAUAACCUGAAUGACGUGGAGAUCUUGGCCCUGAUGAUUGCAACUCUCUGCCAUGACUUGGACCACAGGGGAGUCAACAACUCCUACAUUCAGAGGAGUGAUCACCCACUGGCCCAGCUGUACUGUCACUCUACCAUGGAGCAUCACCACUUUGACCAGUGCCUCAUGAUCCUCAAUAGCCCUGGAAACCAGAUCCUCAGUGGUCUCUCUUUGGCAGAGUACAAGACCACUCUGAAGAUGAUUGAGCAGGCAAUACUGGCCACGGACCUCGCCCUGUAUAUGAAAAGACGAGAAGAGUUCUUUGAGCUGACCAAGAACAACCAGUUUGUUUGGGAGGAUGACCAUCACAGGGACCUCCUCAGGUCAAUGCUGAUGACUGCAUGUGACAUCUCUGCCAUCACUAAACCCUGGCCAGUUCAAAAAAGGAUCGCAGAACUUGUGGCCACUGAAUUCUUUGAACAGGGGGACAAAGAGCGUCAGGAACUGAACAUUGAGCCUACUGAUCUUAUGAAUCGUGAGAAAAGAGAUAAGAUACCCAGCAUGCAGGUUUCCUUCAUUGAUGCCAUUUGUGUUCAGCUAUAUGAGACCUUGGCUGGCUUAUCAGAGCACUGCUGCCCUCUGCUGGAAGGGUGUCAGAAAAACCGGCAGCAUUGGAAGCAUCUGGCUGAGGAUUGUGAGAAAGGCCUGGUCAAUGACCUGGUGUGAUCCAACUAUAGUUUGGCUUCUGGAAAAUUCCAGGAUUGCUUCCUGUGUCUCCCAGACUUACUAAGCAUUCAUCAGAUUAGUAUGGUACUACAAACAUGUUAUGUGGACUAUGGGACUUUAAUCAUUUCUGAAAAGGGAAAGCCACUGUAAAGUCUCGAAUGUUAUGUGGUUCUCACCAAGCAGAUCUUCCCACGUCUGUCACUGCAAUCAUGCUGUCUUCUCAAAGCUAAACGUUCUGGUGUGUUCCAUUUAUCUUGGAAGUGGGAUCUAAGAUACGAGAACAUAGGCGUAACUUCCUGAAGGCCUGGUGUGGACAUGUCCCCACACAAUCAAGCAAAGAAUCUGAAAAAAGGACACAGUGCUUUGCUAUUAAUUGAAAACUCUAUGACAGCAAGAUAACAAGAGCCAAGGAAAUCACAUUUUGUAUGUCAGUUAAAAGUUUGAAUUACAACAAAUAAUCAUAAAAAGUGGGGAGCAGGUUAACUAUGCUGUAGCUGAACUUUGACAAACUUAACAAACACAAGCUGCAUAGUUCAGUCUGUUUCAGUUCAGUUGGCACAAAAAUAAGGCGAUCCACACAUCUACUUUAUGACAGAUUAUCAGUAGCUAAUCAACGGUCAUAAGUGUUCAGGCAAUUACUUUUUUAUUGAUCGCAAAAUAAACAUCAAGCCUGAAAAUUCAAAAAACAGAAACCUGUAGCAGACUUAUUGUUCUGUUUAGGGUUAUAUAUCUACAUCCAGAGAGAAUAUAGUUUACAAAUCCAAACAUCAGCAAGAUUUGGCAUCUUUAAUUUAAGCCACAUUUCAAGAAUAUUGGUUCAGCAAUAUGGGGACUAUGACCAUUUUUGUGACAGAUUCCUGCGGUGAGGUGCAUUGCUGGUGAGGCACUGACUUAAUCAUAAUCAGAUAUAGAAAUGUAGACCUCCAGCAUGUUUACAUGAGGACAUUUCACACACGCAGACUAUCAUGCCAUCUAUAGCCGUGCUGCCGCAGUAGAAUCAUUUUAACUCAAUGAAACUUGGAAAUGUAAUGAUGAAUUUUAUGCUGUGCUCCACAGCAGAGGGAAAAACUGUUGAAGUACAACUCAAAACCACAUCUUUCUCACACUCUGCACAACUGACAACAACCCCUAAAGAAAAGACGGAAAUAUUUCCCACACAAAGAGCAAAACAUCCAGUCUGUUAUAGUUGUAUGGUUUUAGGCUUGAUGCUCAUUUUGCGAUUAUUAAUACGUAACUGCCUUGGUAACAGAAGAAAACUCUAAAUAUAUGGCUGCACUUUACUGUAUGGCUAGCUCGCUGUUACUGUCUCUUACUCUGUGGAGUCACAAUGUCUGGGAUCAUGAGCGCCCCCUGCCGUGAGGCAGAAGAACUGCUGUUACUGUCUCUUACUCUGUGGAGUCACAAUGUCUGGGAUCAUGAGCGCCCCCUGCCGUGAGGCAGAAGAACUGCCUGCCUCACCACGAAUCUGUUCUCUGCCGUUUCUGAUCGCUCCUCAGCACACGAAACACGUUCUGCACACAGCUGGUGACAAUAAACACUGUACAUUAUAUUAUAUAAGCUAAAGUAUGAAAAAGCUGUUCAUACAUUCAAUGUUUUUUAGCCAUUUUAUUGGCGACAUACAGACAGGAGAAACAUGCUCCCAUAGAAUGGUUAGUGAGAUAGAUGUUGAUCAAUCCAGGUGAGGCUCAGCUCACUGUUGCCUCACCAGCUUCGCUUCCAAGUAUUUGAAUAGGAUUUUUUUAUUUUUUAAGAAAAAAUAAUCAGAGUUUGUUAAGCUAAAUAAAAAUAAAUACUUUACAGUAUAAACUACAGGGUGUAAAUAGCAAUAUAAAUUAUUUUAUCAUAUUUUUCCG